AUGAAUUACGAGAGUGACGAUGCACUUAGAGCCCCUGUUUGGGACGAAUUAAAUCAAGAUGAAGAUAAGGUGACUACAGAUACAACUGCAACUGGGAAUGAUAAGUUAGAUUUCAGAACAAAUAUAAAUUCAGAUACUCCACAUGAUACUAUUAAUGAAUUGAGUCAAACGUUUGCAAGCAUUGGUACUAAUGAUCAUAUUGAUGGUGAUAACAAUGAGCUCGACGACGAUGAUAACAAAUCAGAAGGUACUAAGUUGAUUAAUUUGUUAGCACCAGAAGAUAAUCCUCUUGCAGGUAUUGAGAACGAUGUUGGAGUAAGCACAGUGAUGAGUGGUGGUGACGAUCUCUUGUUUGGUGGGUCUUCUUCUUUAAUGUCCCCUAUCUUGGGAACUGAAGCUUUGAAAUUAAACACAAGUGAAACAUCACCCAGUAAAAGAACAGGUAAACCACAUUCAUUGUUCAAUGCAUCCACAAGGUUGCGUCGUAGAAAACCAAACUAUGGUAAUGAAACAUCUGAAGUCAAUAAUGCCGAAUUGAAUAACAAUAAAAAUAGCAGUAAUAACACACAGACAAUAGAUUCCUCAUCACAAGCUACAUCAUUAGGUGAUGAUCCAUUGGCGAAGGCACAAAAGGAAAAUGAAUUUGUUGAAGAAUCCUUGGAUUAUGAAAACAAAAGAAAAGAUACAAAUGGCAGUAUUUCCAAAGUCUCACUUUUAAAUCAAAUGAACGAACCACUUUAUAAAUUAUCUCCAAGGAAGGUACAACCAGUUUCUGAUGAUAGGACAGAGAAAUCUAGUAAAAUUUCAAAUAUUUCCGACAAAAAAGAUGGAGUACACACUAAAAGUUCGGAUCAAGAGCAAAUAGAUACAGAAGCUCCUGAUUUGGUUCCAUUUAAAAUUGAUGUCACAGACCCAGUAAAAGUUGGUGAUCUCACAUCAGCACAUGUUGAAUAUACUGUGAAUACCAAAUCAGAAUUAUUAGAUUCAGCAAAUGCUCAAGUUACAAGACGUUACACUGAUUUUAGAUGGCUUUAUCGUCAAUUACAAAAUAAUCACUGGGGUAAAGUGAUCCCACCACCUCCAGAAAAACAAGCCGUGGGAAGAUUCAAGAGGGAUUUCAUAGAAAAUAGGAGAUUUCAAAUGAAGACAAUGCUGAAAAGAAUUGCACAUGAUCCAGUAUUGCAAAGAGACCAAGAUUUUUUGAUGUUUCUUACAAGUGAACAAUUCUCUAGUGAUUCAAAGUUGAGAGCACAUUUAACAGCAUCCGGGUCAUAUAACGAUAAUAAUGAUCUUUCGGAGGUUCACAUAAGUGAAAUCGAAUUAUUAGGGCCGGAUGAUGCAGUCAUAGUCUUAAGAAACGGUGGUAUUGAUGCUGAACAGAAUAAAGGUUUUAUGAAUUUUUCACUAACUUCACAGCCGAAAUACAAUGAACCUGAUCAAUACUUCAUCCAGGAACGUGAAAGAUUUGUUAUUUUAGAAGAACAAUUAAAACAGUUAUAUAGAUCACUCGAGCUCAUAGAUACAGAGAGAAAUGAACUGGCAGCCACAGUAUUCGAAUUUUCCAAGAGUGUAGAGAUAUUAGCUAAAUUAGAGGUAACCCGGAAAAGCUCAGACCUUUUAACUUCUUUUGCCCAACUACAUGAUUCUAUAAGAGAAUCUUUGGAAAGAAAUUCUUUACAGCAAUCUUUGACCCUUGGUGUGACGCUAGAUGAAUAUGUUAGAACUUUAUCCAGUGUACGAGCUAUAUUCAACCAGAGGGCUAAAUUAGGUUAUUUCCUUGUAAUUGUGGAAGGUGAUCUAAAAAAGAAAAAAGGUCAAUUUGCAAAAGCUUAUCCAGAUUUUAAACCAAAUGUACCAAUUAACGAUGAACGGUGUAAGAAUCUACUGGGAGAAUGUCUCGUGUUGGAUAAGAGAUACAAUGUAAUAAAGGAGAAGUGGUUAACUGUUGGUGAUGACAUUAAACGCGAAAUUAAACAUUACGAGAUCGAGAAAAUAGAAGAAUUUAGAAACAGUAUGGAAAUCUCUCUAGAAUCAUCGAUAGAAUCUCAAAAGGAGUGCAUUGAAUUAUGGGAAACUUUUUAUCAAAAUAAUUUGUAA